AUGGAGAAGUUCGAUAGACAGGUGCGCAUCUGGGGGACUCAUGGCCAGCAUAUAAUACAAACAAGUCAUGUAUGCGUUAUUGGCUCUUCGCCAGUCGCUUGUGAGAUAGUGAAGAACCUUGCUUUACCGGGCAUAGGGCGCCUCACUAUGGUCGCAGUGAACUCAACAGACUCAACAGACUCUCCAAAUGAACAAUUUUGGGACAUGAAUACAUGGAACGUGACGCAAAUCGACUGGAAUGCUGAAACGAUGAGCUCUGCCUGGUUUUGGAAAAGUUUCGAUCUAAUAAUUAUAACAACAGGAUGUAGUGACGUCCUAAAAGUAUUUCGACAAAUAAAGUCUCCGCCAUCCUUGCUUUGUGGUACCUUUGAGCGCAAUGGCUUUGUCACCUUCCUUUCUGGUGAACCACAUUUCGUUGUCGAAUCUCAUCAAAAACAUAGCAUACCAGACCUUCGAUUAGGGGCACUACGAGGUGACCUGUCACAGUUUUACUCGAGCUUCAAUAUAAGAGAAGAGUCCUUUCCAGACCUACCCUUUGCUGCUCUGCUUUACCAUGUCCGCGAAAAUGUGCUGAAAGAAAAAAAAUCACAUCAACCUAUUUGUCGGGACGACCUCAAACGACAGAUUAUUGCUCUCCAGAAGAAGGUGUCACCAAGCACUCAGACGCCAAAUUUUGUUGAGGCACUCCGAUUCUCGCACCUUGCCUCGGACUCUAUAGAAGCCCUACCAGAAAAUGUGAUUCGAUGUCUGGGGCUAAAAGACAAGCUUUGUCAGGUUCCUUUCAAUAGGGAUGUUCAGACGCUGUUGAGAGCUUUGUCUUUGUAUUUAAAAUCACCACAAAGUGAAGGUCAAUUACCUCUUUCCGGAGUUAUUCCAGAUAUGGAGUCGAACUAUGAAUUUUACACGGCCCUUCGCAAAGCUUACUCAGAUGCAGCUGCCAAAGAUGUCAAGCUUCUUAGUGAACAUGUACUUCAGGAAGGCGCGCCUAUUGCAGUUGAGAAAAUUGAAUCAUUUUGCAGAAACUGUCGCCACAUAGAUGUCAUCGAACCAGUGGGGAGUCUGAUAGAUCUUGAGACCUAUUUAAGCAAUGAAGUUACGGGUUCUGCUGAAAUUAUAAAAAGCGUAUUUCGAUCCGGUUUUUCAAAGAAGCCGGACGAAGAAGAGAGAAGGAAGUUCCACCCAUGCAUAUCCUUUGUAGCAGGAAUCGCGGCUCAAGAGGCGACUAAGGUGCUCACGCACCAAUUUUUGCCCCUUCACAACACUUUGGUUUACGAGGGAGAACGCGGCCACCUGAGUUCAAUCAAAAUCAAAUCAAACCAAUGA